GGGACCCCCCUGCAGGUGGAGUUCCCGGCCCCCAAGAGUGAGGCAGUUCAGCGCUUCCCCGUGUGUUACCUGGGCUGCGUCCCCGUUGCCAAGCCUGUGGGCAUGGACGUGAUCAACGCGGCGCUGGAGGCAGCACUGGCCCCCGGCUCGGGGGAGCCCCCCGCACCCACCCCUGUCGUGGUCAGUGUGGCCCCCGCCACUCUCACCAUUGCCCACCGCCAGACGGAGGCGGUGCUGUGCGAGUGCCGCGUGCGGUUCCUGUCCUUCAUGGGGGUGGGACGCGACGUCCGCGCCUUCGCCUUCAUCAUGGCCAGCGCGCCCGGCACCUUCCGCUGCCACAUGGUGUGGUGUGAGCCCAACGCCGCGGGGCUCAGCGAGGCGCUGCAGGCCGCCUGCGUGCUCCGCUACCAGAAGUGCCUGGACGCGCGGCCCCAGGCCUCCAGCUCCUGCCUGCCGGCCCCCCCGGCUGACUCGGUGGCGCGGCGGGUGGGCUCCUCCGUGCGCCGGGGGGUGCAGACCCUCCUGGGGACCCUCAAACCGCGGCGGGGAGGGGCACAGACCCCUUGAAGGGGGCGAGGACACGGGGGGCGCGAGGCGGAGGGGGGGGCAGGACGGCUGACCCAACGCCCCAGGGCACAGAGUUCCCCGUGGUGUUGGGUUGGGGGUCCUGCCCCACCCCCACUGCCCCCGUGGUGGGUCACACCCCCCUCACCGUCCCCAAUGCAUGCGGCGUAACGAGGGUCUGUGUUGUACUAAAUCAUUAAUUAAUAAACCCAUUCCACCAGCCC